AAAGAGAGAAAUGCAAUAUUUUGAUUGUUUUUGUUGGGAGAAGAGAUUCAUCAGAUCCAUCUCCUUCAACUGCUGAGAAUCAGAUCGUUGUCUUCUCUCCUUCUUCUUCGUCGUCGUCCUCAUCUUCUUCACUGAAAUCAUGUUUUCGAUUUCUUAUUUCGAACCCUAAUUUUCUCCCUCCCUCCAUCCCUCCUUCAUUAUUCAUUCAUCCUCAGCAACAUUUUACAGCGACGAUCGAAAAUGUAUAUGGCAUACGGAUGGCCGCAUGUGAUGCCAAUUGAAUCAGGGAUUUCUCUAUCUUCUCAACGAAUCAUUUAUCUCAAAGUCACCAAUCGUUUGUUGCUCGUUGUUGCUCCUUCUCAUUUCGAGCUUUGGAGCUCUUCUCAGUAUAAGGUGAGACUAGGGAAGUAUAAAAGAGAUUCAAGCUCAAUCCAGAGAGAAGGUGAGAAUAUACAGGCUGUGUGGAGUCCAGAUUCAAAAUUGGUUGCUGUUCUUACUUCUUCUUUCUACCUUCACAUAUUUAAGGUGCAAUUCACUGAUAAAAGAAUACACAUUGGGGGAAGGCAGCCAUCAGCACUGUUUCUUGCAAAUAUCAAUCUUGUUUUGAAUGAGCAGGUCCCUUUUUCUGUCAAGGAUUUAACAGUGAGCAAUUUCGUAUGUGAUAGUAAACAUUUGCUGAUUGGACUCUCUAAUGGAUCCUUAUAUACUAUAUCAUGGAAAGGGGAGUUCUGUGGUGCUUCUGUUAUUGACUUCCGUGUUGGUGAAAGUAAUGAGAUUAUUAGAGCACCUGAUUGUUUUGAAAAUGGCUGUGCAACAGGAAGAAGUCCAGAAGUAAAUCAUGUAGACUCAACACUAUCUGGACUCCCUUCCAUUGUGAGAUUGGAGCUUUCAUUGUUGUUGAGGAUGCUUUUUAUUCUUUUUUCUGAUGGGAAACUUGUACUCUGCUCUGUAAGCAAAAGGGGCCUUAAGCAAACCGAGUCUAUAAAAGCAGAAAAGAUACUUGGUUCAGGAGAUUCUGUGUGUGCUUCAGUAGCUUCUGAUCAGCAAAUUCUUGCAGUUGGUACCAGAAAAGGGACUGUUGAGUUGUAUGACCUAGCUGGAUCUGCUUCACUAAUGCGCAUUGUUUCCUUGUAUGAUUGGGGGUAUUCCACUGAGGAUACUGGUCCCGUCAGUUGUAUUGCAUGGACGCCUGAUAAUUCCGCCUUUGCAGUAGGAUGGAAGCUUAGAGGACUUACUGUUUGGUCUGUCUCAGGAUGUCGUUUAAUGUCUACUAUUCGUCAAGUUGGUUUGAGAUCCGCCUCUUCCCCUGUAGCUAAGCCAAAUCCUGAUCGGAAAUAUGAGCCUUUAAUGGCUGGUGCAGCUACACUACACUGGGAUGAAUAUGGAUACAGGCUGUAUGCGGUGGAGGAAACAUCUUCAGAGAGAAUUCUUGCAUUCUCGUUUGGUAAAUGUUGCCUUAACAGAGGAGUUUCAGGCUCAACAUCUGUUCGGCAGGUGAUCUACGGUGAAGAUCGUAUUCUUCUUGUGCAGUCUGAGGAGACAGAUGAGCUUAAAAUGUUGCACCUUAAUCUUCCAGUCUCUUACAUCUCACAGAAUUGGCCAGUUUUACACGUGGCAGCUAGUUUUGAUGGAACAUUCUUGGCAGUUGCUGGUCUUCAUGGGUUGAUAUUGUAUGAUGUACGUCUAAAAAAAUGGCGAUUCUUUGGAGAUAUUACUCAAGAACAGAAGAUUGAGUGCAAGGGUUUGUUGUGGCUGGGGAAAAUUGUUGUUGUCUGCAAUUAUGUCGGCUCAUCUAACACGUAUGAGUUGCUAUUUUAUCCUAGAUAUCACCUUGAUCAAAGCUCACUAUUGUGUAAAAAAACGUUGCUGACGAAGCCGAUAGUCAUGGAUGUUUAUCAAGAUUAUAUACUUGUAGCCUAUCACCCAUUUGAUGUCCAUAUAUACCAUGUGAAAUUAUCUGGUGAAUUGACCCCUACAAGUAAUCCAGAUUUACAGCUUUCUACAGUACGAGAGCUGUCCAUCAUGACCGCAAAGAGCCCUCCGGCAUCUAUGCGAUUCAUACCAGAUCGAUUUUAUAAGGAUUAUGCUUCAGUAAAACACAAGUCAUCUGAAGAGCCUGUGAGAUGUUUAAUAUUACGUGGAAAUGGGGAGCUGUCCCUUCUAGAUAUGAAUGAUGGACAUGAACUGGAGCUGACAGAUUCUGUUGAACUGUUUUGGGUUACAUGUGGCCAAUUAGAUGUCAAAGAAAAUCUCAUUGAAGAAAUUUCUUGGUUGGAUUAUGGUCAUCGAGGAAUGCAGGUGUGGUAUCCAUCUCCAGGUGCUGACCCUUUCAAGCAAGAGGACUUCUUGCAGCUGGAUCCCGAUCUGGAAUUUGAUCGUGAAAUCUAUCCUCUGGGACUACUUUCAAAUGCUGGAGUAGUGGUUGGUGUUUGCCAGAGAAUGUCAUUUUCUGCUUGUACAGAGUUUCCAUGUUUUGAGCCAUCUCCCCAAGCACAAACUAUAUUGCAUUGCUUGCUUCGUCACCUCCUUCAGAGGGACAAGAUUGAGGAAGCUUUAAAGUUGGCACAAUUAUCAGCAGAAAAACCCCAUUUCUCCCAUUGUCUUGAAUGGCUCCUAUUUACAGUAUUUGAAGCUGAAAUUUCAAGGCAAAGCUUGAACAAAAAUCAGAAGGCAGUCUCUAAUCACAAGCCUAGUAGAUCUCUUAUGGAGAAGACAUGUGACUUGAUCAGAAAUUUUCCUGAAUAUCACAAUGUUGUCGUGAGUGUUGCUAGGAAAACAGAUGGUCGACACUGGGCAGAUUUGUUUUUUGCAGCUGGUAGAUCAACAGAGUUGUUUGAGGAGUGUUUCCAGAGAAGAUGGUACCAAAUUGCCGUUUGCUACAUUCUUGUCAUUGCAAAACUUGAAGGUCCUGCCGUAAGUCAGUACUGUGCUUUGCGCUUGUUACAGGCAACUCUUGAUGAUUCUUUGUAUGAACUUGCCGGGGAACUGGUGAGGUUUUUGCUGAGAUCUGGAAGAGAGUAUGAGCAGACACCGACAGAAGAUGGGGUUUCACCUAGAUUCUUGGGUUAUUUUCUUUUCUCUUCAAAGAAGCAGCCUUUUGAUUCCAAGACCAUCAGCCCGCAUAAAGAACAUAGUGCUCACGUCGCUUCUGUUAGGAAUAUUUUGGAAAGCCAUGCUAGCUAUUUAAUGUCAGGGAAGGAGCUGUCAAAGUUUGUUGCUUUUGUGAAGGGCACUCAAUUUGAUGUGGUGGAAUUCCUCCAACGAGAAAGAUAUGGAUGUGCUCAUUUAGAAAACUUUGCUUCCGGUCUUGAACUCAUUGGGCAAAAGCUUCAAAUGGAUACACUUCAAAGUCGGUUGGAUGCAGAAUUUCUCUUGGCUCACAUGUGCUCUGUCAAAUUCAAAGAAUGGAUUGUUGUCCUUGCCACUCUGUUGAGAAGAUCUGAGGUACUCUUUGAUUUAUUUCGGCAUGAUGCACGUCUAUGGAAAGCAUAUUGUGUUACUCUCCAGUCGCAACCUGCAUUUGCUGAGUACCAUGAUUUGCUUGAAGAACUGGAAGAAAGGCUCUCAUCUAUUCCAAGUUUUCAGGAGGUAUGACGUCGAAGUCGCAAAGUUGUAAGCUUUUUGGCUGUUAUUGAUUUUGAUCAGUGAGCUGCCUAGGCAAAGAGCCCUUACUACCUUAAAUGAGAAUUUCCACUUGAUAGGGUUCACCUAUUUAUUAUGUGUAGGAGCAGCAAUAGUAUAUCAUUUAACAUUUUUUGGCAUAUCAUAUGAUUAGAUUUAUAGCAUCUUCCCCCGGUUGUACAUAAAAGCUAGAAGCUAGGAUGCAGGCCAUGCAGCCAUGAGCCGUGGUUGCUGCUGCCUGCUGGCAGUUGACAAGCCUGGAUCAAUAUGUAUCAUUUGUAUCCUGAUUUUGUAUUGAUUGAUACGGAGUAAUAGUAUAUGGAUGUCCCUACUAAUAUGGAAAUGUUCCAUAUUCUAUUACUUUUGGCAUGCACAUAAUAUAAAUAUUACUAUCUUCUGAUGGUAAUGCAUUAUGUAAAGAUUAUGUUUAGGGCAUGCAUUAUGUAAAGAGUUUCUAUUACUUUUGGCAUGCACAUAAUAUAAAUAAUUACUAUCUUCUGUUGGUCUUA